AUGGAAUACAACAUACUUGUCGCCAGCCUGAGCGAGACCGAAAAGGCCGUGGCGGACAUGGAACGCAGCGAGAAUGCGAAUGCCUUGGACUCGCCAGCGAUGAGCGGAGUGGCACCUCUAUCGGAUAGUAUGUCUGACUACUCGUUUGAAACACCCACUAUGAUGCCACCUGAGGUAUUAGAGAGCAAUGGACAGCAAUUGCUGCCGGAGCAAGUCGCUGAGCCGGUUGAUGGUGAGGACCAGCGCACGGAAUCGCUGGCCACUCACGGCAAGGACCAACAACAAUCGUGCCCUGAGCAACUCGCCAAGGCAGCUGGUAGCGAGCACCAGCCCACGGAAUCGGUGGCCGCUGAUGACACGGAGCAAGUAUCGGAGGGCGAGAUCGUCGACUGCUCAGAGAACGAGAGCAAUGAAAAUGAGAUCGUCGAGUGCUCGCAGACCGACAGCAGUGAAAAACCUGGCUCGCGCGCGUCCCGGAGCACCACCCGAUCAUCAGCAUCUACGCGUACAACCCGAUCAAGCAGUUCGUCACCCGAAACCCCUCGAGACCAGCCCGCCAGGCAGCCUCUACGUAAGAAGCCGAUCAGUCUCUGUGCUAGAAGAUUGGACAAACCCGAUUGCGAUAAACAACGCCCGCGGAAGCCUGCUGCAAAGGCACCAGCGAAACCCGCAAAAGACGACGAAGCAGAAGCAGAACUCACCACGCUUGGGGAAAGGCCUGAUCUGCCACCACUGAGCCCGUCCUACCAGAGGAAAAUACUGGGUGACGGAGAAGAAGAGUCAUUCCCAGAAAAAGAUCCUCUCUCCGCAGAAGAUAUUCGGAAGGAAAUUCGCACGGUUAUUGCGACUCGCCACAUAGUGCAGCAGCAGUAUGAGGAGGACAGGCGCAGCGCGGAAACAACUUACCAUCAGGUUGCAAAAAACAUCAAUACCACCAUAACGGUUAACGGAACACGCAAGGCCAACAAAAUCGCCGCAAACAUAGAAAAGAAAGCCAAACUGGAGGCACAAGAAGCAGACAUCGCCUCGAAGAGGAUGCUUCUAGAAGAGGCGGAGAAACAACAGCUCCAGCUUGAAGAGAGCAUGAAGGAAGUCAAGAGCCGCGCCAAUGCAAUCCAACAACAAAUUCGCGAUCUUGAGAAGGAGAAAAAUGAGCCCCAGUUCGUGUCUGAGGAUACGACAGUGUUUGAUGAGAUCAUUGAGGCUAAAGGAAAGGAAUUAGUCGAAGUCACGACCACCUUAAACGACGCACUGAAGGCGUUUGGUGAGAAACGAGCGGACGCAGUCGACACCCUCGCCAGCAAACUAAAGUUCUUGAAGGAGGCUCUACAACAGCGGGUGCAACUGGAGGAGGCUGCCCGGAAAAGACCGUCAACCGGUGCACCAUCGAAGAUCCCGAGCAAAAAACAAGCCCGGAUCGUCAUUCUCCCGGAGGCAUCCACCUCCAGUGCAGCCGGGGGGACUGGAAUCAUCGGGCGCAAGAUAUCUUACGCCCGGAUGGAUGUGGCUGAAAGACCAAGGAAGACCUAUACACUGCUGUCGGAGAAGACAGCAGUGUAUAACUGUGUGAGGGCGGUUGGCCAAAUUAAAUUCGCCAAUAUUGUCAAGGCCGACGAUCGCAAGCUGAAGGAGAGGAUGCACGCUCUGAGGAACAAGAUACACGGUUUCGAACAAAAGAUGGCAAAGAUCUUCCUUGGCGAAAAGACGGCUAGGAACCAGCUGCUGUUGGACAAGAAGUCGAUCGCAGUACUAGAGCGCAUCAUCAACGGGGAGAUCCAAGCUGGCGAAAAGUACUACCCCGAAAAAGAGUCGAUUGUCCUAAAUUAUGACAAUCAUAUGAAUGUAAGUAUUUUGUAA